AUGGCUGAAACAGUCUCUCUUUGCCUAUCCUACAUCACCGAGUCAUCCGACGAAUCCCUGAGGUCACUUGACAGUAGCGUGACUGCCGAUGAUGCAAUAAAUAUACUCAAAGCGACGAAGACAAAAGAUGGACAUGUCGAGGCGGUGGAUGUUUCCUCGCUGCCUUAUCGUUCUCCCUUCCAGUGGAUCGAGAUUCUCUCUAGCAUGUAUGCUGGUAAGCAAGAGAAAACACCCAAAAUGGACAUGACAGCUUUGGAAAGAGAACCGAAAAAGACGAAAAGUGUUAGUAGCAGUCGCAGUUUUGAAAGAGGAGAGUCCUCGGGCACUCAUACUUCCACUCACAAGUCAACAGAAGCUCCCAGUGAAGUUAUUGCUGCUGGUGACAUGGACCGCAAAGCAGAAAACCAUAUGAGGUCUAGUCAAUCAAAUCCGCAUGAGGCUUCUUGUCCGGAUUUGGGCCCAGGUGACGCUUUCGAACUUGAUGUCUUGAUCAAACGUGCUUUCCGACUGUCAGUAACCGAUGCCGACGGAUCAGAAGAAUUUACUAGACUCAAAGUGGCAGAGACCCUGUAUACAAACAAGGGCAAAGAACCUAUCCGACCUACUGCCGCGGAAAAUCCUUCAAUUUCUGCCAAGGUUGACCAGAGUGUGGGAGGAAACUUUCAGACUAUCAAGAGGAAACACCCACUUCGGUCAGCACUAAAGAAGUCUAAACCUUCGAUUGGAAUCAUCAGCGAGAGGCAACCAUCACUGAGCUCAGCACAGUCAGAUCACUCCGAAUCAAGGACAAUGGUACAAUUCCAGUCGCAUGAGGCGCACGAACAAGUCGGAGCCAACCAGCACAAUAUGGAGAAGAUACAAACGGACGAAACCGGGAAGUCAGACUAUGAUGGGAGGGAUGAUGAAGACUCAGAGGACAGUAGAUUCGAGGAGGAAGAUCAACAGCACGAAGAUAAGGAGCUGUUGGACCAACUGGAUGCUCUUCUCAAAAGCGGUCCAAAAUCAGCCAUAACUGUGAGGCCAUACACAAACCUUACCACUGGACGAGAUGUAUUCCUAUUCAACCAUGGGAUAGUCAUUCCGCAACGAAUCACAGGCAAACUUGCAUAUGGUGUAGCCAUUCCAGGAAAGAUCUUUCGACAGAAAAAGAACCGAUACUCCUCCACAUUUGCGUAUUUAAUAGCACUGUCUAAAGCAAACUUGGAUGUUCUAGAUAUUGGGAUAGGUGAUAUCGAUCUAAUUCGAUCCUUGAUCCUGGAUGAUGCCGAAGAGGCUUACAGAAAAACUGUAUAUGGAGAAAACACAUGGAUUGGUAUAAUGAAAGAGAGAAAGCGCCGAUAUGAUCCAGACACGCGAUCUUGGAUGUCAAUAUUUUACCCGUCCCAAUGGCGACGACAUGGACUUGUCUUGUUGGAAGGUCAAAAUCCACCUGAAAAUAGCUGCAAGUUCCGAAUGGUAACCCUAUGCGGAAAAGUGUUGUAUCAAUGGUAUGUACGAUGUGAUCAACGCAGAGCUUUUGGACCACGAAACAUCAUCGUUAAGAUAUCGUGUGGAGAAGAUGAUAAAUGCGAGAAGUUUUUGGAUUGGGAGCCUGAACAUGGACCGUUUAUACAUAGUGACUCCGUCAAGUGCUGGACUGAAAUUGAUCCCGACAGAGAAGGGGUUGGUCUUCCUGACCAAUUUUACCCAUUUAUGAAAUUUUGGAUUAUUGAAGGACCACCAAAAGAUGAGCCGCCACCGGGCUGCAUGAAAAUAAAUUGUGUCACAAGAUGUGGACUUGUCAAGAGUAGAAUUCGCCUGCUCUGUGCCAGGCACAUCUCCAAGAAUCCAAAAUGUAUUGGCGGUGAAUUCACAAUGCUGAUCAAUAGAGGAUGCGCUCUUCGGGACGAAAUUGACCGGUGUGACGAAAAAACAGUAUGUGAGGGUUAUCUUGCGUGGCUCGAUGCCAGAUUGGGUCUACCAUUGGAGGAGUUGAGUGUCAAAAAGGCCAAUGAUCUGGACAGGUUGCAUACCACGCUUGUUGCAGCGUACAACAGAGAGACAAGGCGCAUGGGAUCGUUCCUAAAACACAAAGACAGCGAAAAGAAAUGGCUUGAUGUGAUCUAUAAUCAUGUUGAUUAUUAUGAGAUGUUGUUUAAAUGGGGUUUAAGAUCUAUUGAAUGUCCCGAAGGCCUGUCGGUGGUGCGAGCAGAUGAUUCGGUGCUCAAGGGGUGAAUUAUGCCGCAAAAUUUGGUCUCAUUUAGUUAUCAUCUCAUAACGUUGUGAUAUACCUAGCUUGAAUUAUUUGAUUACGAACACACCUAAAUUACUAUAUUCAUCACAUCCU